AUGGAGCUUUCCCCGGGAAUGGGUGACAACCUCACCCAGGGUUCUCAUCCGCAUGCGUCUGCGUCUUCGACUACGACAGCAGCCAGACCGGAGAUGGGAGACUCGUCGGAGGAUUUGUUUGCCACCCCGCAACAGCAACAGCAGCAACCGUCUCAGUCGCUGUCGAGAUCCGGCUCGCUUCUCCAACAGAAACGGUCUUCACUACCACCCCGAACCCCUGCGGCAGCGCGCCAUUCCAAGCGUUUGACCCUCAAUUUCCCAAUCAUCAUUCCGUUCGAACAACCUUCAGCCACAACUCCUGAAUCGGCGGUCGCCUCUCCCGGAUCGAUGACUCCGCUGACACAAGCAUUCACUCGCCCGUCUCCUCCGCACCCCACGGGGACGCCCAUGCCCUUUGACGUGGACGACGACGGGUAUGACUUUUUGCGUGCAAUUGCCUCUCAGGAGCGAAAGGUCUUGGAGUUGCGAGAGGAGUUGCAUCGCGCCGAGGAGGAUCUGUCGGCACUGAAGAAACAGUGGGCACAGUCGGAGAAGACCAAGAAACAGACUCAGGUUAACCUCCACGCGGAGCCUCUCUUGUCCUUACGCUCCCCCGACGCCAGCACGCCCGACACAUCUACCUCUCACCGCCGAGACCAAAGUAUGAGCUCAGUCGCCAGCUCGUCGGUUUCGCACGGACGACUCAGCCGAGACCUCGAUCGGAGAUCCAGUAUUCGGGCGACACCUCCCAAGGGUACGACCAUUUCCGCCAAUGGACGGCGAGUGUUUCGUGGCUCACAUGCACGGACGCUCUCCCUGCUGUCCCCGGUGACUGCCAACAGCCCGGCAGGGUUCGGGGCUCAGUCUCCGGACGGCGAGCGGAUCGGUCGUACACCGCGGUCAGCGACAUUGCCCUCGGUGGAGCGGGGGAAUGUGCCCAAUAUUGGGACCCCCAUGGACGACGGCCAAGUUCCGGAACAUGUCAUGGCCCAGUGGCGGAAAAAUAUGCCUCCUCCCUCGAGGGAAGCGUUGGUGCGGACCGGAAAGCAAAUGGCAUCUGAUCUCCGCGAGGGACUGUGGACAUUCUUCGAGGACAUCCGCCAGGCUACGGUCGGCGAAGAAGGUAUCAACGCGACGGAAUCGCGCACCAUGUCUACCUCGACCGGGUCCUUGGCCCCCGGGGCCCCGCGUAAGCGCGAUUCGUUGGCCAAGUCGAGGAGUCGAGAACGCUUGUCUGCGAGCGGAACAGCCUCUCGAUCCUCCUCCUCAUCAUCUCAACGCGGCAGGGGAUCAACGGCGGAGAAAGCUUCUGGUAAAGAAACCACACCGGCGGACAUAUCUACGUCUUUCUGGCAUGAAUUCGGGGUUGAUUUACCAGUGCAGACGCCCGCUCGGCCCAGCGCUCAUCGCAGUGCCUCUACCAACAACAGCCAAAUCAACAAAUCCGCCAUCGCCGCAUCGAGCCCACAGGGUCAGAACGAAUGCGAGGAGCCCGCUCGCCGCUCCAGCAGUCAAGCCGAAACAGAUGACGACGGCGCAGAUAAUUGGGACAUGUGGGACACACCCUUGCCCGCAUCCAAGACGAAACACACCCCAUCUUCGAGUCGAUCCACGCUGGAAUCCUCAAAACAUGACCAAUCCCCUUCGACCCAGGGCAGUAGUCCCCGCACGAGCGCUAGUUUUAGCGAGUGGAACCACAGUUUUGACGCCCCCAACCCCGGUGUGACCGAAGGAAUCCCGUGGCCGAAGAUUUCCAAGUUGGCUCCGACGAAGCUCCAGCGUACUGCUUCCAACCUGAUGGCAGAAUGGGAGCGAAGUCUCUCGCCAUCCCCAUCAUCAUCUCCCCAUCGUAAAGACUUCAAGGACGACAAGAAAGACUAG